AUAACUUACAGACUUGGACGAGAAAGUUUAAGUAAAAUGUCCGCCUUGGAAGGAUUUCCAACAGCGAAAAGUAGAAGAAAUGAUAUGUAUGAUUUCAAUAACGAUUCAAAUUAUGAUGAGCUCAUCCAGCCGUUCCGAAAUCACGAGUUAUUGAACAAAGAUCCAUUAAAUACACCAAGUACAGCAGACGAAGCGGAGAAAUCUACACUACAAGAAUUGAAAUCUACCGAUGAGAAAAGAAAUAACGUUUUGAUUGCUGUGACAGAAGAAUCUGAUAAUGACAGUUCUGAAGAUGAAGGAGAAAAUCAAUCUGAAUCGGAAAAUAGUGAAGUAUUAACGGAAACUGAAGCUAACAGUAAAAAAGCUAAAAAAAUUACGGAUAAAAACGAAUAUUAUUAUGUGGAGGUAGCCAAAGCUACAUUAAUUAGCGAACCUUUAACCGACGAAGAAAAAAUUAUGAAAGGAAAUCUAAUAGAAAAUAUAAUGGAAAAUUUAUUAAUAACGUGGAAAUGUUAUUGUACUUUCGAGUUGAAUACCAGACAGAGCAAAUAUACGAAUAUUGGCACUAUGAAUGGACGAUGUUUGCAUUCAGCUCAUAACGCAAAAUUUAUGAUAAAUAUUGUUGUAAUAGAUAGAAAUGUCUUCACAUUUACCUGUUAUAGCAGUGUAAACGGCCAUCCGGAAUGUCAAAAGAAUAUACGGAUACCUGUUAGCAUCCAAAAUUAUAGAUAUGAAAUCUUAAAUACCGAUGAAUUUGAAAAUCCGUCAACAUCAAAACCAGAAUUAAUUGAUCUGACCGACCUUACGGAAUUGUGGAUUGAAUCUAGUCAAAAACCAGAUGGUUUUGUACGUUCUGUUGGUAUGCCUUUGACGGUCGUGAUGUACACAAAACAACAGCUGAAAGUAGUGGACAAUGCAUGCACACCAAAUAUUGUACACCUUGAUGCCACUGGUUCUUAUGUAAGACCAAUUCAGGGCUUAAAAGAGAAAUACAUUUUUUAUUAUGCUUUAGUGUAUCGUGCGUCAAUUUCAACUGUACCUUUAUGUGAGAUGAUUACGUCAGAACAUGAUAUUACAAGUCUAUCAAAUUUUCUCAAGGAAUACAGAGCAUUUGUAUUCUCAAUAGAACACAAGUGGCCAUAUUUUGAUGCGAUAGUUGUAGAUUGGAGCUGGGCAUCAAUGCACAGUAUAUUAAAAGAAUGGAAUAAUACCAAUAUUAAUGCUUACCUGGACGAUGCAUACUUAUACUUAACGAAAGGUAUUCGUAUGCCACCGGUGACUUUGUUAUUGAGUUGCUGCACUCAUGUCAUGCAUCGUGUUUCAAGAACAGUAGAUAGUGAUUUUCCAAAAUUGCAACAUAAUAAAGGAUUAGUGAUGGAAAUUAUGGGAUUAAUGAUAAUGACUCGAAAGCUUGAAGAAAUGGACACACUGUUUGCUUUUAUUUGCGAUGUGUUUCUGGAGAAAGAUCGAGGUAAAUGUAAAGAACGCAUCGAAAGUUUUUUAAAGGAAAGAAAAAUUGAAAAUACAAAAAUGGCAAAAUUACUAGAAAAUUUUGAAGUUCCACAACAAAAUGAUGAAAUAGAAAUGAGUUGGGGAGAAUUCGCACGUCUAUUUAAGAAGAAUCCAAGUAUAUGUGCAAAGUCACCAUUUUACAGACGUUAUUAUUUACUUAUUGAAAAGAAAAAAGACCAGAUGUGUUCAGAUGCUACUUUAAAAAUUACGAACGGUUUAUAUUGUCCGCAGUUUAUACAUUAUUUACUAACAACAUUCAUGGCGUAUUGUCCGUUGUGGACUGCAAUGAUGAUGGAUUUGUUCGAUCGAGAAAUUUCACGGAUUUCGAAUGUUUACGCAGAAUCCCAUAUGAGAACAUUUAAAUAUUGGGUUUUAGAAAAUAAAAAACGUUGGCCAAUUGGAAAAGUAUGUCGGAAGUUGCAAGAGAAUAAUGAAAAUCUUGUAAAGGAAAAUACUUUAAGCAAGUGUGAAUUGGGUAAGAAAUUAAAAGGUACUCAGUAUGACCUAUAUCGUAAAAUUACAGAGUAUUCUUUAGAUGGAUUGAUAUGGAAUCGUAAGGUUAUAAGUGAUGAUAAUGCAGAAAGAAAAGUAAGAAAACGAAAAAUUAGACAUAUGGAUGGGAAAAAGAUUCUAAAAUUAACAGAAAGCCCAGAAGAAACGGAAAAGAUAAGUACUCUCCAGAAGAAAGUCAAAGCUACAAAAGAAAACAAGCAGCAAAAGAAAUUUGCAGCAAACGAUUUAUCAAUUGAGAAUUCAGAACUACAUAAAUUGUUGUUAUUAAAAAAUGGUUUAGUAAAUGAUGUGAAUUAUUAUGCCAACACGAAGUCUCUCAUUAUCGUAAUUGCUUAUUACUACCCUACAACUGAAAACUUCAUAUUGAAGAAAGAAAUGACUAUGAAUGGCAAACAACUUAGAAAUUUAUUAUAUAGGAGAGGAUCCGUUGACGCUGAAACUAUUGACAUAUUUGCUGCUAUGAACGCUGACAAAAGUACAAAUGUAUUUUACUUAUCAGCUGAAGUAGCUAGCGUAGUGAUGAAAAGUAAAAGAGAAAGUAAUAAACAAGUUCAUGAAAAAUAUUACACUAAAAAUAAUAACUCUUGUGGAACUAUUCUUAUACCGUAUUGUGAACAAGAACACUGGAUACUACUGGUAGUUAGCGAAACAGAAAAAUCGAUCGAAAUCCUAGACCCGUACAAUAGAGUAAAAGAUCCGACGAAAAUAACAAAUGCACUAACAAGUUCCAUUAACAAAUGUAAUCGUCAAUUGAACAUAAAAUCUAUGAUAGCAGCAAAUUGGAUUGUUAAGAUUCCACGAGAUCGACCUCUUCAGAAACUGACUGAUAAAUUUAACUCUGCAGUUUAUAUAAUGUACUAUGCACAAUGUAUUGGACAAAAUCUGGAGAUGAAUGAAAGCUUAGAUCCCGAAAAAUAUCGAGAAACAAUUAUACACUUCAUUAUGGAGCAUUCAUUGGGCUUAGAGGAUAAAUGCUUAUAUUGCUUUCAGACGAUUGAUACGGAAAAGCAUAUUGUUUGCAUUAUGUGCCACAGACAAGUUCAUAACAAAUGCCGAAGGCUUGAUGGAAUGGAUACAGAAGAUGAAGAAAAAGUUGAGUAUUAUGAACCACCGAAGAAGAAGAUUUGUUCAAAAAAUAAAGGAGAAAACUAUAAAUGUAGACUAUGCCGAAGAUACAAGUAAUUCUAGAUGGAAAUUUAAGUAAAUUUAUAGAACUAUAGAUAAUAAAAACAAUAAAAAAUGACAAACUACACCGAAAGUGCCACCUCACCAAUGACUGUAACAUGCAACAUGGUCCAGGAAUAGAAAUUCGAGAUCAAGACGACGAUUCGUGCUCAGAAUGGAUAUUCGAGCGUUAAUAAGUGAUUUCAGCAAACAAAGGCAAUUCGAGCUCAUAACCAAAAUUCAAGCUCACGACACAAUUCCGAGUUCAUGAUUGAAAUACGAGUUCAUGAGUAAAAUUCGAACUCAUGACUGAAAUUCGAGACCGAGUAUCUACUACAAUGGUGUAAGUCAUUAAAAUAAUAUCUAUAUGGCAUACAAGAGAGAAGGGGAGAGCGGAACACAUUCUAGUAAUUAAUGAUGAAGUAUCGGACCAAAUAUAAAUUUUUCAUGAGUAAUUAACGAAAGAAAUAAAAGUAUAAAGUAUAAAUUAAAGCUGGAUAGUAAAUUUUCGUUAAGAUUAAAUAAACAAGUAAAAUGAAGUUCUAGAAAUCGUGAAAAUUUUGUAUAACGUCUUAUACUUCAUCAUGACUAGAUAAAACGAUAGCCUCCACGUGGCGUGUUCUGGGCAACAGUAUGAGUACUUGAUAAUGAAUAUAAGUAAAGAUAAAUGCGGUUACUAAGUAUUAAAAAUUCGUAUGAAAAUGAAAUGAUUAUUUAAAAUGUAAAUAAAACGUAAUUGAAUUUAUUAUGGUUGUGAAAAUAAUCAAAUACUAAUACUGGCUAAUAUCGACGAACGAAAGGGUUAAUAACAAUAAUAGAAAAUGUAAUUAGAAAUAAUUGUAAGGAAAAUAAAGAAGAAACACCCUGAAAUGAUGUAAAGUAAAACUUAUAAAAUACGAUCAUG